AGACAGGUGGCGUUGCUGAGGGAAGUUGGCUUUACCGUCGUGUACUGCCAUCUGUCAAACGACCCCAUACUAAAUUUCAGACUGAUUCAUAGGUUAGUUUUUAUUUGGCAGCCAGUUGCAUCAGACGUGUUUUGUCUUUCUUGAUACAAUGGAGAAAGUGCAAUAUCGAUCCGUAAUUCGCUUUUUAUUUUUGGAUGGAAAAACAUGCGAAGAAAUAAAAGCGAAGUUGGAUGCCGUCUAUGGGGACCCUUCACCAUCUAUGACAACCGUGAGAUAUUGGUUCAACGAAUUUAAACGUGGUCGUACAUCUGUUUUUGACGAGGAGCGGCCGGGCCGCCCGGCAGACGUCGUUACCGAGGAAAUCGUUGAAAAGGUCCAUGACAUGAUUCUCGCUGAUCGCCGAACUAAAGUGCGCGAAGUAGCAGAGGCCAUAGGUGUGUCGUACGGAACGGCACUCAAUAUUUUACAUGAUAACUUAAGUAUGAGAAAGGUGUCAGCCCGAUGGGUGCCGCGGUUGCUCACGGUGGACAACAAGCGGAUACGGCUGUCAAUGUCGAAGCAGUGUUUGGACCUCUUUAAGCGAAAUUCGCAGGAGUUUUUGCGUCGAGUCGUCACCGUUGAUGAAACCUGGAUACAUUAUUAUACGCCAGAGACCAAGCGACAGUCAAAACAAUGGAUUUUUCCGGGUGAAUCUGCUCCGAAGAAGGCAAAGACGGUCCCAUCGGCCGGAAAGGUCAUGGCCACGAUUUUUUGGGAUUCGAAGGGAAUAAUCCUCAUGGACUUUUUGCAGAAAGGAAGAACGAUCACGGGGCAGUACUACAGUGAAUUAUUGGACCGAUUCGAUAAGAAAUUGAAGGAGACACGGCCCCAUUUGGCUAAGAAAAAGGUGCUGUUUCACCACGAUAACGCACCAGCACAUUCAUCUGGAAUUGUCGUAGCCAAAUUGCAUGAACUGCACUAUGAAUUGCUGCCACACCCACCGUACUCGCCUGACCUGGCUCCCUGUGACUUUUUUCUGUUCCCCAACAUGAAAACAUGGCUCGGGGGAAAAAAAUUCAGCUCAAACGAGGAGGUUAUCGCCGAGACAGAAGCGUAUUUUGAAGAGUUUGACAAAUCGUAUUUUUUGGAGGGGUUAAAGAAAUGGCAGAAACGUUGGGAAAAGUGUAUCGACCUGAAAGGAGAUUACGUUGAAAAAUAAAAAAAAA